AUGCUAUAUCUGAAGGCGUCUGCAGCAGCAUAUAUUUCCCUCCCCCCACGGAGUUCAGGCAAUAAUGGAAAUCAAAACCAAAAGAAACCAGACGUGAACAAAUCCAACGACCAUUCACUUCCAUCUUCCACAAACGGUAUGGACAAUACAUACUCUGUGCCUCAGAAAGUAAAGGGGCCAGCGUCUCCUCAUCCUCGGCGGCCAUAUAUAAAUAAUCCAGCACCGCUAAUUCCCCCAUCCAGGAUUCCCAUCAUAAUCGAGGACAGCCCAGUGGGGGGAAUUCCUGACAAACACAUUGCAGACGGUGGUUGGGACCAAGUUCACAGGAAAGAAGGAUGGUAUGUGAGGUCAAUCUCCUCCCAGGAGUUAAUAUCCGAGGACCAGACCUCGGCAAAAGUUGGUUCGCAUUUCUUCGAAAUGAUUCUAACCACCUUGUACACGUCAGACUCUUCGUCCCAGCAGAAGGCGAAUGUGGCCUGA